AGCAUUCAACAAAUACUUCCCUCUCUCCCCCCUCGGAUUGGCCAAGCCCCUCCCCCAGAUUCCCGGGACGCGGGGACCGUAGCGUAAUGACGUAGAAGGACGCAAAGAUUCUCCCACCCUUAUCUCCGUUUCCUAGGAAACGUGGACUCCGCGUUCAACUCCCCGUCGCUGCCCUCUUGACGUCACGGUCCGGACAGGAGGGCGGGGCGGGUGCUACCGCCAGGGGCGGGGCGGCGCGGGCCGGCCGGGCUGUGCACCUGCGCCUCGGCGGUCCGCCUGGGGCAUCAUCCCCGGCCCGCCUGGCCCCGCCAUGGCCAGGCCGCAGAGGACUCCGGCACGCAGUCCCGACAGCAUCGUCGAGGUGAAGAGCAAAUUUGAUGCCGAGUUCCGACGCUUCGCGCUGCCCCGCGCUUCGGUGAGCGGCUUCCAAGAGUUCUCUCGGUUGCUGCGUGUGGUACACCAGAUCCCGGGCCUGGACGUGCUGCUUGGCUAUACGGAUGCUCACGGCAACCUACUGCCCCUCACCAACGACGACAGCCUGCACCGGGCCCUGGCCAGUGGGCCCCCGCCGCUGCGCCUGCUAGUGCAGAAGCGGGCAGAAGCUGAUUCCAGUGGCCUGGCCUUUGCCUCCAACUCUCUGCAGCGGCGCAAGAAAGGGCUCCUACUUCGGCCAGUGGCAUCCCUGCGCACACGGCCACCCCUGCUAAUCAGCCUGCCACAAGAUUUCCGCCAGGUUUCUUCAGUCAUAGAUGUGGACCUACUGCCUGAGACCCACCGACGGGUGCGGCUGCAUAAGCAUGGUUCCGACCGCCCCCUGGGUUUCUACAUCCGAGAUGGCAUGAGUGUGCGCAUAGCUCCCCAGGGCCUGCAACGGGUUCCAGGCAUCUUCAUCUCCCGCCUGGUACGAGGGGGCCUGGCUGAGAGUACAGGGCUGCUGGCAGUCAGUGAUGAGAUCCUCGAGGUCAAUGGCAUUGAGGUAGCUGGGAAGACCUUGGACCAAGUAACAGACAUGAUGGUCGCGAACAGCCACAACCUCAUUGUCACUGUCAAGCCAGCCAAUCAGCGCAAUAAUGUGGUGCGUGGGGCAUCUGGGCGUCUGACAGGGCCUCCUUCUGCUGGGCCUGGGCCUGCUGAGCCUGAUAGCGACGAUGACAGCAGCGAUCUGAUCAUUGAGAACCGCGAGCCUCCCUGUUCCAAUGGGCUGUCUCAAGGGCCUCCAUGCUGGGACCUGCGCCCAAGCCGCCUACUUCCUGAUGCCCGCAGCUCUCUGCCCUCCCUGGAUGAUCAGGAGCAGGCCAGCUCUGGCUGGGGGAGUAGCAUUCAAGGAAAUGGUAAUGGCUUCAGCCUCUGACAGGCAAAGAUGCAGCCCCUUGCCCUUCCCGGCUGCUGGGACAUGGCAGGGACUUCCCCAGUGGGGUUUUUUAGCUUGCUCAUGGGGCCCUCUCAGUCUGGGGAACAUUAAAGGUUUUCUACAAAUGCA